AUGCUCCUCACCAGUGAAGUGGUCAUUCUUGUCGUUUCUGGUAAGGACAGCGCUCCAAUUCAAAAACCCACGGUGAAAAUCCCUGGAGGUGUCAGUCGACUAGUGUUCGACCCCAAGAUUCUCUCUGUUGCUUACAUCAGCCUCGUAUACCUUGAUAAGAUUGCAGUGUUGGAUCUGGAUUCUCUUCGAGUGAGCUACAUUGAUGGGGUCGGGAGUGUGCUGACGGCACCUGGUAUGCAUUCUGUGAGCCGUUCUCUGGUCGUAGCAGGGCCUUGGAUGGUAACACCAGCUACAGCUAAUAAUUCCGUCGCCGUAAUCAACAUAGCCAACCGUGAGCUAGAGGGCAUGGUGCAAGGGGUCGUCCAAGGCUUGCGCAUGAUUGCCGUGCGUCAAAAAGUUCCUGGUCCUUUAAACGCUGCAGAGUUUAUUUAUUUUUCACCCCUUAAGCUGAUUAUUACCUUACUAUUUGCUUUACAAGUAACCGUUGGGUAA